AUGAGAAAAUAUAUUAAUGUACAGGGAAGAGGCGUCGUCGUUCAAUCGUCGUCCUCAUCCUCUUCUUCUUCAUCAGACUCAUCAUCCGAGCUACGACUCAUGAGAUUCCAGAUGUCUUGUGGUGGACGAAGGAAUCCAAUGACGACUGUCACGUUGUCGGCACUUCCAGCGUCGCCUUGCUCAAUCGGUCUCUCGCAUAUCUCCGGCUCAUUCGAUAUCAUCGGUCGUCCGGGAACGUCGCCCAGAGCACGCGUCAGGUUGAGCACUCCGUUGACUCGCAACUCGCCACCGAUCACGAAUAGUUGUCCGCCGGCUUCUUCGACUCGACGCGCUUCUUCUGGAUCGGACGGCGAGUGCUCGCGUGUCACUUUGCGGAAUUCCAUGUUGUUCAUGACGUAUCCUGGUGAAUCGCCCAACCACGCGAACGCCAUCGUCUUGUUCUCCUUAUCGAUAGCGCAACACGCCGCCGUCGUGCCACCCUUCCAGUACUCCUUCACACUUCUGACUGUCAAUCGUUGA